AUGGCUCUUUCCAAGGAUAAGUUCGACCAGGGUAUGACCACCCAGGAGUACAUAGACUAUAUCAAGGUCAACAAGCAGCCCUUUAUUGACAUCUACAACGGGGUAGAGGUGCCGGCGGAAACUCAGGCCUUUUUUGACGGGUUGGCUGAGCCCCUGAACCUGGCGGUGUUCACCUCAGACUGGUGCGGCGAUGCCAUGAGCACCACCCCGGCCGUAUUGAAGCUGGCCGACAGCACCGACAAGCUGAACCUGCAGGUUUUCAGUCGGGAUGACGAACUGGAACUGACAAACAGCUUCCUUCCGGAACACCGGGCAGGUACCGUUCCGGUAUUCGUCACCUUUGACGCAGAGAUGGGAGAAGUGUCCCGGUUCAUCGAGACGGCCCGCUCCCUGGUACCCCAGAUCGAUUCCAUGGACGACAACAUCGCCCAGGAAGUUGCUGCCGAGGGCGCCAGUGGUGACGAGGUCCGGGCAGCGACCCGCGGAAAGCGCACCGCCUUCCGUGUGGGCAAAGCCAACGAUUGGGGGGAAAUGAUACUGAAGGAGUUUCAGCAAUUGGUAGCUGAAGGUCUGGAGAUGGCUCCUGUGCAGCGUCCGUCCGAGGGCGGCACCGAGUGGCCUCCGCCCGAAGCAUAA